AAAUUUUGUACAACUGCGAAAAUACAAAUUAAUUUAGCGCCCGGGUGUGCAAUUUAAAUGGUAAUACCGCGCAAAUCAGCAUCCUCCGUCAGUGAAGCACAUCGGUGGGAUAAUAACAAUAUGUCUUUGCCGGCAAAGAGUUGUGAAAGCCUGUUCUCGGGCAGUUCCCGGGAGUCGGCCAGUCAGAUCUAUCAGCGCAAGCAGCCGGUGCGCGGGGUCAAGAAUGGAGGCAUGCGCCAGCCUUCCCUGGUGCCCAGCAACACCAAUACCAGCGACAUUCAUCAGCGUGUCAUGUCCGCACGCAAUUUGCGCGCCAAGACCUUUCAGAAUCAACUGGCCGAUGCCCAGGCGGAGAUUGCCAAUCUGGCACAUGAGAAUCGCAUGUUGCGCACAAUGCACAAACGCCAAUCGACGGCAUUGAAUAAAUAUGAAAAUACGGGAGCAGAGUUGCCACAACUCUUGCAUUCGCAUGCCGAGGAGCUGCGCGUCUGGCAGACCAAGCAUCGCAAUGUCCAGGCGGCCAACAAGGAGCUGGAGGCAAAGCUCAAGCAAAAGGAGGCACAGAUUCUAACGCUCAGCGAUCAGAAUAGACACUUCAGUCAGCUGAUUAGGGACAAAAAUCUAGAUGAACGCCAGAAGCUGCAGGAUAAGCUGCGUACUUUGGAGCAGCGUCUGCAGGACAAGGAUAAUGAUAUGAAGCUAAUGUCACGCAAGGUUCAAUUGGAGUCCAAGAACUUCCGCCAACAGCUGCUCAAUGAGCAAAAGAAAACCAAGGAGGUGAUGCUUAAGCUGGAGAAAGCCAGGCUAGAGAUCAGUGGCUAUCGCAAGCUGGAGGAGUUCGCUCCGCAACUUGACAAGGCAAAUCCUUUGGCCUCGGCACGACGCACCAAGUUGAAUGCCGUCGAGGAGACGGACAAGAUUGAUAAGCUGGAGAAAUCGCUGGAGGCGCUGGACAAGGCGAUCGAGAAGAACAAUCAAAGUGAAUUCAAUGCUUUAACUGAUGUGCUGGAAACCGAUUCCAAUUUUGACUUUGAAAAGGAUGAUGCUGAUGAGGAGAAAAGCGUUAACCAAACUACAGAUGCUCUCGAUAAGGAUAAGACAAAACGUGGCAAAUUGACACUGCCACCGGCAGCCAUUCCUCCCAAGCCAUUGCCCAAUAGCUCCUCGGUCAAUGCUUCGCGUCUGUCGCUCAGUCAGAUGCUGAAUCAGACCAAGCCCAAGCCGAAUCCACGUCUGCGCAACGGAGCAGCUGCAAAUGGAACCGUAACCGGAAGCGGAGCCGGGAGUUUAUCCAGUAAUUUACGGAGUGGCAGACGGCGAGAUGGAGAAGAUGCGGGCAAGGUGGCAUCAGUCGAGGGAAGGGUAAACAAAUUGCAAACAAUGACAAAAUCCUUGGAAUUUGAUUAUGAUGAUGACUCGGAUCAUGUGGAUGAGGAUGAUGAUGAUGAUGAGGGCUUAAUUAGCAAAAUGUGCCAUGACGAUGAGCCCAGUGAUGACAUCGAUGAGAUGAAUCCCAAUGAAGAUGGACCAGUCAAUUAUGCCGCCUACUUGGACACAAAAUGUGAAUUAUCUGAAAUGCUUGAAAUGGACGAAGAGGAAGAUGAUUUUGAUGAGGAUGACGAGCAGUCACCAAAACUGAUGGACAAUGAGAAGGGGAAUCCCCGUCCAGUGGCCAGCAUGAAGGAGAACAUGUCCAAUAUACGCAAGGUCAUAUCCGAUGACUAUAAGGAACGCGAGAACUUCUUGGACAUCCACUGUCGCCCAGCCUCAGGCAACAACAACAACAGCAACAACAUGCGCGAUGAUCCCGCCAAGAAGAAGCGCAACAACAACAUCUCAACGGGCGGCAUUACGGGGGGUCCCAUGGCCGGAAGUCGCAAGCACGCAUUGCUGGCCGCGCUCAAGGUCAUCGAUGAUAACAAGGAUGAGGAUUAACAGCGACUUUUACACCCACUGUCUACCAGUUUAGUUUAGACCAUAAGCAGCGUUAAGUUAUAUUUUUUAAUUGAUUUCAAAGUAAAAAAAAAACAAUGCUCCGUGUGCCACAGACGAUGCAGGUACAGCAAUUGCUGGACAAUUGCUGCUAAUCAUGGAUGGCGUCCCCAUAACGGCAAAUUCAGUCCAGUAAUUGUUGUAACUGUAACGCCCAGGGCUCGCUGAUUAAAACAAAA